UAAAGGUACAAAUGUCUCAUCUGUGUUGACAUUGCUUAGACUAAAUACGACGAAUUUAACUUAGCUUACUUACUUGAUAUUUGAAACAAGUUUUAACAAUAUGAAGUCAGUAGUGUGUGUUAUAUUGUUGGUGACAACAUGCUCCAUGAGCAAAGAGACAUCGAAUCAGGAAAUUCAUCAUAUCAAAAAACGAAAUAUUUAUCAACUUGCACAUGUCAUACAGUGUGCUCAAGAAAGGAGCAGCUGGCACGUGUUUUGGGCUUUAUACAACUACAAUAACUAUGGAUGCUGGUGUGGCAGCGGUGGAAAAGGCGAUCCGCUUGAUGAAAGUGAUAUGUGUUGCUUUGAACAUGACAAUUGUUACAUAAGAGUAAGAAAUUACCUCGCUACAAGAAAAUUGAACGAAAUGCUUCGAUUUACAGGAGUAUAUCAUUAUAGAUGUUUAGAUAAUGAGAUACUGUGCGAUGACAUGGAAUUAUGGAAACGUAAAUUAUGCUUAUGCGAUAAAAUGAUUGCAGAAUGCCUGGCAACUAACAGACAAUCCUACGAUAAAUCAAAGAGAGGGGCAGAUUCUAACGGACAGUGUUUCUAUCGUGUGAAGUCAGCGUUAAAAUCUGAAUUUUUCGAAGACAUUGACUGAAUAAAU